AUUCUUUCGAUAUUUGUGUCAAAGAGACAGUCGCGAAUGUUACGUGUGAACUCUACGUCCGAAUCUGUCAUUGUCACAUUCUUAUCCAGGUUCCUGGGGGGGCAAAUCUAGUACAAUGGCGCUCAUGAAUGGCGAAACUGUUAAAAGAAAGGCUUCAGAAGAUGCUUCGUCGUCUCGGUCGAAGAAGGCGCGGACAGAAUCCCCCAGUCUUGAUGACGGUGCUGUCACAAAACACGAAGAUUCUGACACCGAACCUCUAAUCACACCCACUCCUGUCGAUUUUCCCGAAAAGCCCGCUGUUAUUGAGGAAAAGCAGGGUCAGAUUGAGUUCAGAGUCGUUAACAACGACAACUCAAGAGAGCAUAACAUCAUCCUGACUGGAUUGAAAUGUAUUUUCCAAAAGCAGCUACCCAAGAUGCCUAAGGACUACAUUGCUCGGCUCGUAUACGACAAGACACACCUUUCAAUCGCAAUCAUAAAGCAACCUCUCGAAGUCGUGGGUGGAAUCACAUACCGACCAUUCAACUCGCGAAAGUUUGCCGAGAUUGUGUUUUGCGCUAUCUCUUCAGAUCAGCAGGUCAAAGGAUACGGGGCACAUCUCAUGGCUCACCUGAAGGACUAUGUGAAGGCCACCUCUCCAAUCAUGUACUUCCUCACCUAUGCCGACAAUUACGCUAUUGGCUACUUCAAGAAGCAGGGAUUUACCAAAGAAAUCACAUUGGACAAAUCCAUAUGGAUGGGAUAUAUCAAGGACUACGAAGGAGGUACUAUCAUGCAGUGCAGCAUGCUCCCCAAGAUCCGCUAUCUACAGGUCCCCCGCAUGUUGCAGAAGCAGAAGGAGGCAGUUAUGGCCAAGAUUCGGGCGGUGAGCAAGUCACAUAUUGUCCAUCCUCCGCCGGCUGCAUGGAAGAACGGUGUCUGCGAGAUUGAUCCAAUGUCGAUAACAGCCAUCAAGGAGUCAGGCUGGUCUCCCUCCAUGGACGAACUCUCACGUCAACCCCGUCAUGGCCCCAAUUACAACCAGCUCCUGCAUCUCCUCAAUGACAUGCAGAACCACACCGCAGCUUGGCCUUUUGCUCAACCCGUGAACAAAGACGAAGUGCCAGAUUACUACGAAGUGAUCAAAGAGCCAAUGGACCUGUCCACUAUGGAGGAGCGCCUACAGAACGACCUGUACCCGAGACCAGACGAUUUCAUCAAAGAUGCGAGGCUCAUCUUCGAUAAUUGUCGCCGCUACAACAACGAGACUACUCCUUACGCUAAAAGCGCAAACAAGCUAGAAAAGUUCAUGUGGCAGCAAAUCAAGAACAUCCCCGAAUGGUCGCAUCUUGCAGAAUAAUUCCGAGGUCGAAAUUCACACUGUUUGCUGCCAAUAACACUGUGGUCAGCUCUUGUUCUAGCGUUCACAUCAACCAAGCAAAGGCGGGCGUUUGGAAUGGAAGGGAUAUUGACGAUCAACUCCUCUUAACCUGGGCAGACAUAGGUGCAGAAGUCAGAGGCUACUGAUUUUGCUCUCUAUUUAUGACUAGACAUCACAGCCUAAGUUGGCUACCAUGGGGUUUGAGCGAGAGUUGCUUGGGGUGAAUUUCUAACCUAGGUUCGGCGUUGUAGCAGGGCACCAGAGAUCCGAGGCGGCUCUGCAUUUCACUCAUCUUUGGAGAUUAGUUGAGUGGCUAAGUGCUUUUAUCCUGCUAUGUGGUGACUUAGGUCUUUUUGUUUGAUACCCUAGAUGCGUGAAUGAGCUAGCAAUGAGAAUACGAAUGAAUCAUGAAUGAAAUUUCA